GUGACUUCGGAUACGGGAGCUGCCUCCGCCAUCUCUACCUUUACCGAGCGCUCCCUACUUGAUACUGUACUUCCGAAACUCCGACUUCAUGUGAACCUCCUUUGGAUGGAGCUCUUGAUCUGUGCUGUGAUUACUACCAUCAGUACUGGCGAUGAACACCCCAUACACAUCCUACACGCUACGAUCAUGAUAUCACCCACCCAUCGCGACCCACAUCCAAGGCCAAAAGGCGAAACGUUUGGUCUUCUUCCCAACGAUUGUUGCCUGCUCUCUUUCCUGCCAUGUCUCUCUCACUCUUUCGAAUGUGUAUAUUCGCAAUCAUCCUCCCUCUCGCGCUGUCCCUAAAUAUUUCGCUGGAUGGCCCCGCAGUAUUGUUCCAGAGGACUCCUAUAAACUUGCACUGGACGUCAGGAGACCCUGAUAAAUUCAAUCUUGGUGUAUACCAGGGAAAAUUGACCGAGGACGUACCAAAUCACCACUUAUUACACGUUCCCGUGAACCAAGUCGUGACACAUUUCACACAAUACAAAGUCGUCUAUAUGACCUUCAAUAUCUCUUCGCCGAGCCCUGUUGUGAAGGACUAUAUUCUGCUGGCUUGGAUCAACGGACACCAUAACAAUUAUGCUAAUAGCUCCUGGUUUACGGUGGAAUUAAACACGACUCCAACACUUAUUUCCACCUCAACAAUCCUCGGUACAACUGUUACAGCCAGUACCUCUUUGGCAACAACAGAAUUAGAUCCUCAGGCAGGACAAACAACAACGGCAUCGGCAUCCAGUGCGCAGACUAAACCCAGUUCACAUACGGGGGCUAUCGUAGGUGGCGUCCUCGGCUCACUUGCGCUUUUGUCUAUCAUAUCAGGUCUCGCACUCUUCAUGCUGCGCAAGCGACGAAGAUCGAGAAAUUCAGCGCCGUCGCGUGUUUUUUGGAAGUAUCUGGAUGAGAAGAAGGGUCCACCGAGCUCUGAGCCUCUUCAGUAUCCUUCGCCUACAUAUUCCCCAGCUGUACGAGUCCGCCCGCUGUCCCUUGGACCAGAAGAUUACUAUCACAGGAUAAACUAUCGUGACAAUCUAUCAAUUCCGAGUCCGUUCCCUGAGCCCCGGUCGGCAGCCGGUGAUGAUUCGAGUGUGACUGAGACAACUUUGAGAGCGCUAAUGAGGCUGACGGUAGUAACCCCUGCCAAUGCCAAUGGUUCACUUCACCUCCCUCUCUCGCGGCAAGCAAGUUUACUUGCACCGGGUGCGGGCAUGGUAUUCACUCGCAUGCCGACUACGUAUCAAAGAUGGUUCAUUUUUGCUCCCCGACCCACUGUGCUGCCUAUGUCCAAGAGCCAUAGACCCAUGCAGAACCCUUAUCGCAUCCCUGAGGCUCAGGCUCUGAUGGAGCAGUUAUCAGACCAAGAGGUCGCCAUGCGCAACGCUCAGCUUAGAAAGAGCCAACUUCCCUCCGGCGACGUGGCCAAACCCCUUCCAUCCAUCAGCGCUACUCCUGCUCCUGCUACUGCAACUGAUCAACCGGAUGCCACUCAAAUCAAAGCUGAUGUUGAGCUUGAGAAAGAUGCGACCUUCAUCCAGAGUCAGAUGAACGAUUCUGGCUCAGUAAACGGAAGGUCUGGCCAAUACUCCUUGGUGGGAACAUCCGGUCAACAUGAAGAGAGCGACGUUGGAUGCGUGAGACUGCUCGGGCGGCUCUGA